GAUUUGGAUUUUGGAUUUGAUCAAUGAAUUGAAUUAUGAAUUAAAUUGAAAAAUGUAGUGAAUAAAAAUCUAAAAUAAAUGUAUAAUAAACUUAGAGUCACUCGAAAUAACAAGACACAAGACGUCGUUUUGUUGUUUUUAUUUCAUUUUCGUAUAAGUAAUAAAUCGGAAUUCAAUUAGGUUUUGUGCAGUAUUUAGCGCGUAAGUAGGUGUAAUCAUUAUGGAGAAAACUCUUGAAGAUAACUUGUAUCGAGCUAUAUUAGUACAGGGCCAAGAUGCGGUAUCGCAAUUGCUUUCACAAGGUGCUAAUCCAAACAAGACAACUAGUCAUGGAAAAACAUGUUUAGGUGAAGCAGCUAAUAUGGGUAACAUUGGCAUAGUGAAACUAUUGGUAGAUGCAAGUAAAUCCAGUAACAAUCACAAAAUAGCACCUCACUCCCCACAGAGAAAACGCCAUGUAAAAUCACACAAGCGAAAAAUCGUGCACGAAGAAGCAAAUGAUGAGACUGUAGUUAAGUGUAAGACUCUUAGUGAUAGGAAUUUUAUGGACUAUCAUGUUGGGAGAGAGAAUUUUGGGCCUACAACAGCAAACAGUAAAGAUAAAAAUCAAGGGUACUUUGUGUUCAUACAUAGUGAGGGUUCCAGUAGUGAUGAGGGCCGGGUUCCAGGGUUGAAGUCUCCUUUAAGUCCACCAUCUCUCACUCCCUCUCCACAAGCAGAUUUAGAAUGGGAUGAAGAAAUUGGUAAUGUUGCACCAACCACCAGUGAGGAUGAGACCUGGUCUUCUAUGUACAAAUGGUACGCAGCUAUUCUUGAGAAUACAGGGGCUGCCAUAGCGGCAGCUUCAAUAGUAACAAAUGGAAUUGAUCAACAAGAUGCUUUCAUGAGGACUGCAUUACAUUAUGCUGCAGAGCAGGGUCACACAGGGGUUGUCAAGCUGUUGUUGGAUUCUGGGUGUAAAGUGGAUAUCACAGCUGGCGAUGGUCUGACACCCUUACACGUAGCAGUUAUAAGAAAUUGUACGGAAAUAGUCAAAAUGUUAAUACUAGCUGGUAGUCAUGUAAAUUAUAAGACACAUGAGAAAAUGACACCAUUACAUUUUGCUGCAUCAAGGGGAUUUAUAGACUUGGUGAAAAUUCUAGUCAGUAAUGGGGCUAAUUUAGAAGCGAGGGACACAAAUGAACGUACGGCAUUAUACUUAGCCGCGGGUAGGGGACACGUGGAUGUGGUCCAAUAUUUGAUCUCAGCAGGAGCCAAUGUUAAUGGUGAAGAAAUACAUGGUUACACACCAUUGUGCGAAGCAGUAUGGCAACGGUACGCCGAGGUUGUAGAAGUGUUAUUAACCUCUGGCGCACGAAUUACAUAUUCACACAAACUCCUACAUAAUGCCAUCAUACAAAAACAGGAGGAAAUAGUGAAAAUACUUGCUAAAAACAGUGGAGGGAUAAACUUACACAAUGACAAUGGUGACACGCCGCUGCUGGUGGCAGCAAGGUUGUCGCAGCCUACAAUCGCACGUAUAUUGCUUGAAUGUGGUGCAAAUGUUAACGCUUGUAAUAGUAUAACAGGAGCAAACGCAUUACACAUAGCUGCCGAGAGUACAGAAUAUACUAUAUACAACUUUAAGGAAUUUGAGGAAUUGCUGAUCUGCCUUCUAGAGUAUAGGAUAGACAUGAACUCUACUGCGUUGACUGGAGAUACAGCUUUAAACAGAGCCUUAUUACUACACAAUGAUGCCGCAGCAAUGUUGCUGAUUCGCUACGGCGCCGACGUCAACUCGUGCGAUCUCCACUCUUGCGGGCUGGACAACUUGUCUAUCGCAAGUCGCCGAAGCACGUGUAACCUAGCAAGCAUGCUACUCAAGGCCGGCCACUAUGUAGCAAUACCCGAACCCAACUCCCCCAUUCCUAAACCAGGCACAACAAUGAAUUGGCUCCACUACGUUUCAAAGCAACCACUCAGUCUAUCAGAUCUCUGUAGAAUAAAAAUUAGGUUUAUAGGCAGAAAUAUGAUUCUGUCUCGAUAUAUACAAUCAUUACCACUACCAAAGAGUUUAAAGAGAUAUCUAAUGAUGGAAGACGAAGAUUAUAUAUAAUUUGUGAUCUGUAGAAUUGAUAAACCAGGCUUGCAUUUUACUUUAUAUUAUUAUAAUGCAGUAAGUGAAAUAAGUAUUCUGUUAUCAAAUAUUUUAUUAGUAAAUGAUACAUAAAUAGUACAAAGGUGUACAGUGAAAAAUAUAAAAUAUUUUUUGAUUACAAAACCUAUGACAGACUAUCUAUAGACCUGACCACAAUGUAUUGAAAUAAUGUUUUGUUUAGUAAAAAAUUAUAGUGGUAUCUAAAUACCCCUACAACAAUGUAUAAUAAUAAAUCAUGUUAACAUCAUGAUAUACUUUGCAAUAUCUAGAAAAAGUUCAGCUGUAUAGACGAACAAUGCAAUAGUGAAAACUUCAAUAGUAGAAUUUAUAUAAUUUCUAUAAUGUGAUUAAUAUUUAAUAAAAAGUUUUGUUCUCACUUUCUACUAAAAAGUAAACAAACUUCAUAUAUAUUCUAACAUGUAUUUUACCUAUCCACACAUAUAGCACAACAUAAAAUAACAUUUAAUCACUUCCUCAUUCUUAAGAAAAAAUCAAUAUGUAAAGUUCACACAGCAGUGCACACAAUAAAUACUUAUUUAUAAACAACUUGAAGGUUCAUAUUCCAGUGUAACUAUUGUAAAUGCAAGGAACUAUGUAGUCAAACCUAUAUAAGAUGAUAUGAACAGUUAUUAUAUUAGGUAUACACUUGUCUACAAAUACAGGGUGAGUAAAA